AUGUCAGAUAGUAGUAGUGAUUCUAAUCAGCUCAAUGUUGAUGAGCCUAAUGAUUCAAUUGUCACUCCACCUCCAGAAAUUCCAUCUACAGAAGUCACCAGCAAUCCAUCCACUACUUUGAAAAGAAAAAAUGAAGACACUGAAGAUAAUGAUAGUUUAGAAGACUCUACAGCUCAUAAUAGUGGUGAUAUUGGUAAAGCAUAUUCAGCCAAGAGAGUUGCAUUAGAUAGUGAACAAUUGGAUUUGCAUGAUAAAGAAGAAGAAUUACAACAUACUGCUCCAAAGAUUAAUGAUAAUAACAACAAUAAUCAUUUCACUAAUGAUGAAGAUAAUGGAGAACGAGAUGCACCUGUUGAGAAGGAUCCACAAGAUGAAUCAGGUGAGAAGGAUGAAACAAAUGACAGCUCUGCUAAGCAAGAUGCUACUCUCGAGCCAGCUUAUGUACCAGAAGCAUCUACCGAAUCACAUGCAGAAGAACCUUCAUCAUCUUCCAAGCCAAUUUCCAACCAUCGUGAAAAGGAUGAUCCUACAUUUGUCCUGUUUAGAAUGUAUUGUCCUGUUAAGGAAGCCAGUGCAAUUGUGGGGAAAAAGGGAGAAACCAUCAGUCAUCUCAGAGAAAAGGCGGCUGUUAGAAUCACUGUAAGUGAUAAUUUGAAAGGUGUUCCAGAAAGAAUUGUUACUGUUAAAGGACCUGCUGAAAAUGUUGCUAGAGCUUUUGGAUUGAUCACCAGGGUUAUUUUGAAUGAACCUGAAGACGAACCUGCUAGUAUCAAUUCACUACAAUAUAACUUGAAAUUGUUAAUUCCACAUCCAUUGAUUGGGUUUAUAAUCGGUAAGCUGGGUUUAAAAUUUAGAGAAAUUGAAGAAAAUUCUGCUGCAAAACUAAAAGCUGCAGAAACUCCGUUGCCAUAUUCUACUGAUCGUGUCUUGUCUGUUAUGGGGGUUGGUGAUGCUAUUCACAUUGCUGUUUAUUACAUUUCCCAAGUUAUCCUUGAACAUCAAGAAGUUUUAAAGAAAAACAAGAUUAUUUUGUACAAUCCAGAAAAUAAUAGAUACGGUGGAGAUUCUCGUGACCAGCAACUUGGAGGUAGAACUGGUAAUCAUCAUCAACAACUGCAGUUACAUCAACAGCAGCAACCACCACGACAUUCAUCAAACCACUCAUCAUACAAUAACCCAAUGGCUUAUCAACCAAAGAUGCCACCAUAUGGUAAAUCACUGCAUCACCAACAACAACAACCGCCACAACAGCAGUCUCCUUAUAACUUUUCAAUGAUGUUUCAACCUUCAGUUCAACCACAACAGUUUGGUACAUCCAUGGUGUCUAGUCCUAAUCAAAUGCCAACUCGUGGAAUGCAGCCUUCAAUCAAUGUGCCACCUCAAAGUCAGUACACUGAUGAAUUUGGAAACACUUUAAUUGGAGAAGUUAUUACUCAUCAACCAGUCCAAGCUGGUCCUGAGAAAUUCAAUCAGGAUGUAUUUGUUGCUAAUUCAAGUAUUGGUUCCGUCAUUGGUAAAGGAGGUAACAAUAUCAAACAUAUAAGAGAAACAAGUGCAUGUACAUACGUCAAGAUCGAACCAGACAAAGGUCAAUCCAUAAUGUUGGGAGGAGGUAGAGGUAUGACCAAUAUCAGAAAAUUAACCUUGACAGGAUCGAUGAAUUCUAUUCAAACUGCGAUUUAUUUGAUAAAUCAAAGAAUAAAUGCCGAUAGAGAAAGAAACACACGUUGA